AUGAGAGGAAGCAGCAGCAGCAGCAGUAGCGGGAGCAGCAAUAGCAACAGCAGCAGGAGCAGCAACAACAGCAGCAACAGAACAACUAGAAAUAGGAGCAACACCAUCAGCAGCAACAGCAGCAGCAGGAACACCAGCAAGACCACAAGCAGUAUCAGCAGCAACACCAGUAACAGCAGCAGCAGCAGCAGCAACAGCAGCACCAUCAUCAGCAACAGCAGCAGCAACAGCACCAUCAGCAGCACCAGCAGCAACAGCACCAUAAUCAGCAGCACCAUCAGCACCAUCAGCAGCAGCAGCAACAGCAGCAGCACCACCAUCAGCAGCAGCAGCAACAGCAGCAGCAGCACCAUUAGCACCGUCAGCAGCAGCAACAGCAGCAGCAGCAGCAGCAGCAGCAGCAGCAGCAGCAGCAGCAGCAGCAGCAGUAGGCAACGGAAAGCUUCUAUCAUGCAGCCUGUACAUACACCGCAGCAGCAGCAACCUCUGCUGCUGCAGCAACUGUCUUCAACAACCCCCUGCUGCUGCUGCUGCUGCUGCUGCUGCUUCUGCUGCAGCAGCAGCAGCAGCAGUAGCGGGAGCAGCAAUAGCAACAGCAGCAGGAGCAGCAGCAACAGCAGCAGCAACAGAACAACUAGAAACAGCAGCAACACCAUCGGCAGCAACAGCAGCAGCAGCAACAGCAGCAACACCACACGCAGUAUCAGCAGCAACACCAGUAACUGCAGCAGCAGCAGCAGCAACAGCAGCACCAUCAGCAUCAGCAGCAGCAGCAACAGCAACGGCAGCAGCACCAUCAGCAGCAACAGGAUCACCAGCAGCACCAGCAGCAACAGCACCAUCAGCAGCAGCACCAUCAGCAGCAGCAACAGCAGCAGCAGCACCAUCAGGAGCAGCACCAUCAGCAGCAGCGGCAACAGCAGCAGCAGCAGCAACAGCAGCAGCAGCACCAUUAGCACCGUCAGCAGCAGCAGCAGCAACAGCAGCAGCAGCAGCAGCAGCAGCAGCAGCAACAAACCAAUAGCUAGCUAA